AUUCUCUCCCAUCAAACAGAGGUGUUUCGCUAUUCUCCCCUUACACGCCCAGUUUAUGGAAAAUAAAAAGCGGCAGAAAAGGGGCGCGUACCGUUGCUGUUUUUGACGCAUAUCUUGUUGGCCCCGCGGGCCCCACUGAAGGAGGUCCCACCGAGCUGCUGGUGCUUCUCAGCCGAGUUUGAGUCCAGGCGGGGCAGAGCUUCAAGCCAGAGCCCUGAGCCGGUCUCGGUUGUUCACCAACAUCGGAUUACGUCUCUGAAAUUGAAGAGAACAAAGAACUUGUUCCAGUUAUGAACAGUAUUCUGGAUAAUCUCUCAAAGACUGAAUUUGUAAGCAUUUGUGUUCAAGAUCCAAGACUCCACCAAGAUGACCUUUGGCACACUCAUGUCGACUACGAGAUCUGUUUACAUACUAACAGCAUGUGUUUUCGAAAGAAGACUUCUUGUGUGAGGCGGCGUUACAGUGACUUUGUUUGGCUACGUCACUGCCUAGAGCGGAAUGCUCUGAUCAUAGAAUUGCCAAAGUUGCCACCCUGGAACCCUUUUUUUAGUCUGAAGAACAAAGAGCAAGUAUCCAAGAGAAUGAAGGGUCUGCAGGAGUUUUUAGAAAGUGUUCUUCAGAAUCCGUUCUUGUUAUCAGACAGUCGGCUCCAUCUCUUCCUCCAGUCAGACCUCAGUAUACCAAGGAUUGAAAGGUGUGCUCUUGGAAAGACCAGGUACACGGUUGCUGAGGCUAUUCAACUGUCUAAAAGUGGAUAUUAUAAUUCAGAGGACAAAACGUCCUGUGAUUCAGACUGUGAAAGCUCUGCAUCUUCAGGCCUGGGAUCAAGCAUCGACACAAAGACUCGCGACAGUACUGUGCCCUUCCUGCACUUGUCUGAAGUGGAUCUGUAAUGAAGUUUCCAUUUCAUUAGCACAUUUACUGAACAUUUGUAUUGCAAACUAUGGCACCUGUCCUCUGAAUAUAAAUCAAUGUAAAUACUUGUUUGUGAUGUUCCUUUGAGGUCUUGGUAUUCUUGACCUGAAAGGUCCAAAAUUUUAUUGUCAAUAUCCUGCUUAGGUCAUCCUAUUUACCUGAUUUGUAUUUCUAGUGUGACCUUGGUCAUUUAAGUUAUGUGUUUGUGCGAGGAGUUUGGAGUAUAUAUUUUAAAAAAGUGUAUGUAAUGGAGAACUCUUAAAUAUUUCACAUGCAUAUUGCUGUUUACACUAGCAAGUUUUGAAUUGUUUUUAAUGGACCAUGUUUUUGAUUGGUUAAAGGAUAAAUAAAUUGUCUUUUUUAAAUAAG